AUGUCAUCCGAAGAAAGUCAAAAAUUAUGGGGUGGUAGAUUUACCGGUGAAACUGACCCAUUAAUGCAUUUAUACAAUGCAUCUUUGCCCUAUGAUUAUAAGAUGUAUAAAGCCGACUUAGAAGGUACCAAAGUCUAUACUGAAGGUUUACAUAAGUUAGGAUUAAUCACAAAAGAAGAAUUAAGUAAAAUACAUUUUGGUCUUGAAGAAAUUAAGAAGGAGUGGAAUACUGAUAAAUUUGUCCGUCACCCAAGUGAUGAAGACAUCCACACUGCUAAUGAAAGACGUUUAGGAGAACUUAUUGGUCGCCACAUCGCUGGUAAAGUUCACACUGGUAGAUCUCGUAAUGACCAAGUCGUUACUGACAUGAGAAUAUAUUGUCGUGAUAUUUUGACCGAAAAAUUGCUACCCUUCCUAAAGGAUCUGAUUAAGACGUUGAUCUUAAGAGCAGAACAAGAAAUUGACAUCCUAAUGCCAGGUUAUACCCAUUUACAAAGAGCACAGCCAAUUAGAUGGGCACAUUGGCUAAGUUCCUAUGCAACUUAUUUUACUGAAGAUUUGAAAAGACUAGCCCAGAUCGCCGAAAGAUUAAAUGUGUCUCCUCUAGGGGCUGGUGCCUUGGCUGGUCACCCAUAUGGCAUCGAUAGAGAAUUUUUAGCUGAAAAACUUAACUUCAAUGGAGUUAUUGGUAAUUCUUUGGUUGCAGUCUCUGAUAGAGACUUUGUUGUGGAGUUAAUGUUCUGGGGAACACUUUUCAUGAACCACAUCUCUCGUUUCGCUGAAGAUUUAAUUAUUUAUUCCACUGCUGAGUUUGGAUUCGUUAAACUAAGUGAUGCAUAUUCCACUGGUUCCUCUUUAAUGCCACAAAAGAAGAAUGCCGAUUCGUUAGAAUUGUUGAGGGGUAAAUCUGGUAGAAUCUUUGGUGAUUUGGCUGGGUUCUUAAUGAGUUUAAAAGGUAUUCCUUCCACUUAUGACAAAGAUAUGCAAGAAGAUAAGGAAGCGUUGUUCGAUGCAUUAGUAACCGUGGAACACUCUAUCCUAAUUGCCACAGGGGUUAUCUCCACUUUAACUGUUGUCAAAGAAAAAAUGGAAGCUGCAUUAACCGUAGAUAUGUUGGCCACUGAUUUAGCUGAUUAUUUGGUCAGAAAGGGUGUUCCAUUCAGAGAAACCCACCAUAUAUCUGGUGAAUGUGUCGCUACCGCUGAAAAAUUAGACUUAAGUGGUAUUGACAAAUUGUCCCUUGAACAAUUCAAACAAAUUGACUCUAGAUUCGAAGCUGAUUUGUUUGAAACAUUUGAUUUUGAGAAGAGUGUGGAACAAAGAAACGCCACUGGUGGUACCGCUAAAGCCUCUGUUUUAAAACAAUUAGAAAAUUUGAAAAAUCAACUUUAA